AUGUUCUGCUCUUUUCUUUUUUUAUUCUUCACCUUUAUUGUCAUACACAAUAAGGAUAUAUCAAUAGUAUACUCGAAAAUAAAUUUAAAUAAAAAUAUUUAUCAUCCAAAAAAAGAUUUAUAUUUCCAUAUAUAUAGUGUGGUUGAUAAUAAUAAUGUUAAUUUAAAAAAUAAAAAUGAAUAUAACAGUAAAAUAAAAGAUAGAAUUAAAAUAUAUGAACAGGUACAUAAUAAUAAAUGUAAGAAAAUAUAUUUCUUGCCAUUAAUAUAUUCAAAUAGUAAUAAUAAAGAUGUUUAUAUAGAAGACCAUAAAGAUAAAAACAGUGAUAAUAAUAAUAAUAAUAAUAAUAAUAAUAAAAAGGAUGAUAUUAAUGAUAAUGAGAAAAAAAAUAAAAUAAAUGACACACCUACACAAAAUAUAAAAUAUGAAAAAGAUAAACAUAUGACAAAUGAUACAAAUGAUAAAGAUAAAAAUUACUCAAAUAACUUUGAAUAUAUAGAAAAUAAUUUAUUAAAAUUAAAAAACAAUCUAGAAGUAUUCAGUUCUUAUAUUAACAAUUCAGAUGUUAUUAUUGUUCCUUUAAAUUAUCAUGAUAUUUUAAAUAAACACUUGAUUGAUAUUAUACCUUUCAACAAUAUAAUAAAUUCAUUGGAUUUUUUAUUUCUCCUUAAUAAAAAUGAUUACAAUAAAUCUAAUAUAAACAAAAAUAUAAACAUAAAUAAUAAUAAUAUUCAUAAUAAUAAUAUUCAUAAUAAUAAUAGUAAUAGUCCUUGUAGUAAUAAUUUAUGUCCUCCUUAUAAUAAUAUUUAUAAUAUUAUAUUUUUCAUUUAUAAUUAUAACGAUCAUGAUCAAGACAAACAUUUAAAUGACUCUUCUUAUAACUCCUCUUUCUUUUCAAAUAAAAAGAAUAAUAUCAUAUCUAAAGAAAAAUCACAAAUUGUUCAUGUAAUACAGAAUUUUAUGAAAGACCAUUAUAAUUUAAAAGAUCAAAAUAUUCAUGAAAAAUAUUUAAAUGUGAACUUUCUUUUUACUAAAGAUAAUAUUCUAGAUAUCAAUAAAAUUGAUAAAGAUAUAGAUGAAAACAAAAUGUUAUACUAUCAAAAAAAAAAUAAUAUAUUAGACAAACAAACAAAUUAUAUCAACACAACUAAUAAUACAAAUAAACAAGAAAAUCAGAAUUUAAUAAAAUAUGAACAUAAAAAUAAUGAUACAUUUUUUAAAAAAUAUAAACCAGAUACAAUAAAAAAUUUAACAAAUGAAAAUUAUUUUAUUUAUAAUUUCCUCUCAAGCUAUAAAUUAGAUAUAUUAAAAGAAUAUAUAUAUAUUGCUAAAGAUAUAAACAUACCAAACAAUAAUAUUUUAAAUCAUAUAAAAAAUAUUAAUAUAAAAAAUAAAAUUCAUAAUAUAGAAAGGUUAUUAAACAAUUUUAAAAAUUGUCAAUUAAAUAAAAAUAUUAACUCACAUAAUAAUGUACAAGAAAUUAAAAAAAAACAAUACUCAUAUCUUUUACAUAUUAUUCUAUCAGACUUAUUAGAAAAAUAUGAUUCUAAUCUAGAAAUUCUAAAAAAUUAUUUAUACCAAUUAUUCAAAGAAAAUAUACAAAGAAUUAAAAUCAAUUCAGAUAUUCUCUCGCAAUUUAAAAAACAAAUUAAUCAUAUUGAUCAACUCUUCGAUUAUUAUAAUUCCAAAAUUUUUCUAUUACCUUUCAAUAAAAAUUAUCAAGCACAACAAAAAUCAUACUAUAUUUAUUAUUAUUAUAAAAUCAAACUAUUACAAUUAUUAAAUCAAACAGCUAACGAAAUUAUCAAUUAUUAUAUAUCAAAAGGAUUAUAUGUCAAAAAUUAUUCUUUUAAUGCAUUCUCCUUCUCAAAAAAAUAUACACUCUUCAAUUAUAUAAUCUCAUACAUUUUUAAUAUGAUAAAAAAUAAAGUCAAUAUUAAUUUUAAUUACUUAUCUCCAAACGCUUUCGGAUUUUCAUCUUACAAGGAUGAUAUAUCAUUAUCACCAAAAAAAGAUAUCAUGAUAACAACUAGCGAAAUGGAUCAAGUGCAAAAAAUAAAUAUCCCUCGUAGUACCUACACCAAAACGAUGCUCAUGAUGGAUAAGGACAGAAAUUAG